AUGGUUUCGUUUAUCAGGCCGUCGUCAUUUAUUGGCCUCCUUGUCUUGACCUGCUUGGUCUUGUCGUCUGUCAGCAACUCACACCCUCUUCUUCGACGAUCUCCCAGUCCUGCAAACUACCCCGGCAGCGACGACAUCGUGAGCGACAUUCUCUCUGGGCUCGGCUUCGAAAACCUAGCCAAGCUCAACCACUGGAAGAGCUGGCAAGACCCGGACGUGAUUGACGAUAGCAAUUCCACCACGCCCACCAGCACGGAGCACGAAAACCAAAACAGCAACACCAAGGAUGUGAACAAGCAAAAGCAGUCGGACCUGGUCAACCCUGCGAAGGACCCCCUCGGCUUUAUGAGCAGCGUCUUCGGCCUCCUGUCGCAUCGGUUCUCGGAGGCCAUGAACAGCAGGGAUGAGCAUACGUUGCAUUAG